CUUGCAAAAUUUGUGGAAAGUAUUUUGCAGUGGCAAGUAUUUUGAGGAAACAUAUGCGAACUCAUACUGGAGAAAAGCCAUAUUCUUGCAAAAUAUGUGGAAAUUGCUUUGCAACUACAAGUAAUUUGAACAGGCAUACGCAAACGCACACUGGGGAAAAGCCAUAUUCUUGUGAAAUUUGUGAGAAAAGUUUUACGCAACUCAAUAGUUUGAAGAAUCAUAUCAGACUUCAUACUGAAGAAAAGCCAUAUACUUGUAAAAUAUGUGAAAAGAGCUUUACGUUUGCAUGGGGCUUAAAAAUACAUGUGCAGACUCAUAGUGGAGAAAAGCCUUAUUCUUGCAAAAUAUGUGGUAAAUGCUUUACAGCACGGAACAGCUUGAAUGUGCAUCAGCGCAUUCAUACAGGGGAAAAGCCAUACUCUUGUACGACAUGUGGCAAAUGUUUUGCACAUUCUUGUGCGUUGAAGGUCCAUAUAAGAAUUCAUACCGGACUUACUGCUAAACAGUUGGACAUGGGCUAUAAAAAUGGAGCAAAAACAAAAAGGAAAUAUGUCUGCGAAAUAUGUGAAAAACUUUUUUUUCGAUCUGAUCACGUGAAACAACAUAUGGUAAUUCACACUGGUGAAAAGCCAUACACUUGUGAAACAUGUGGAAAAUGUUUCAGUCAAAAAGGUAAUAUGGAUCUACAUAUAAAGCGAUUCCAUGUUGGUGAGAAGCCAUAUGUUUGUGAAACCUGUGGCAUGCCCUUUCCAAGAUAUUAUGAAAAGAAAAUGCAUAUGCUAAUACAUACUGGGAAAAAACCAUAUGGUUGCAAAAUAUGUGGAAAACGUUUUUCUCGAUCUGGUAACCUGAAUCAACACUUGACAAUUCACACUGGGGAAAAGCCGUAUUCUUGUGAGACAUGUGGAAAAUGCUUCAGUCAAAAAAGUACUGUGAGGUUGCAUAUAAAAAGAUCCCAUGUUGGUGAAAAGCCCUAUCUUUGUGGAACUUGUGAUAAGUCCUUUGCAACAUGUAGAGAGAAGAAAAUGCAUAUGCGAAUUCAUACUGGAGAAAAACCGUAUGCUUGUCAUUUAUGUGAAAAACGUUUUGCUUACUCUGGUAACGCAAAGCAACAUUUGCAAAUUCAUACUGGAGAAAAACCAUAUUCUUGUGAAACAUGUGGAAAAUAUUUCAGAGACAAGAGCACUAUGAAACAACAUAUAAAGCGAGCCCAUACUGGGGAAAAGUCACAUAUUUGCAUAACUUGUGGCAAAUGCUUUAUAACAUCACAUGAGAAGCAAGUUCAUAUGCGAAUUCAUACCGGAGUAAAACCAUAUGCUUGUGACAUAUGUGAGCGUUGCUUUGCAAAGUCCAGUAACUUGCGACAACAUUUGCGAAUUCACACCGGGGAAAAGCCCUAUUCAUGUGAGACAUGUGGAAAAUGUUUUAAUAGAAAAAGUACUGUGAAGAUGCACAUGAAAAGAUCUCAUAUUGGUGAAAAACCAUAUUCAUGUGGAACUUGUGAUAUGUGCUUUACAACAUUUGUUGAGAGGAAAAUGCAUAUUCAAACUCAUACUGGAGAAAAACCAUAUACUUGCAAUAUAUGUGAAAAACGUUUUUCUCAACCUAGAAACUUGAAACUACAUUUGCAAAUUCAUACCGGAGAAAAACCAUAUUCUUGUGAAAUUUGUGGGAAAAGGUUUAGUCAGAAAUGUAAUAUGAAAAACCAUAUCAAGCGAUCCCAUAUUGGUAAAAAGUCAUAUGUCUGUGGGACCUGUGAAAAGACGUUUAUAACAUCGUAUGAGAGGAAUUUGCAUAUGCGAACUCAUACUGGAGAGAAGCCAUAUGCUUGCGAAAUAUGUGAAAGACGUUUUUCAAUACCUGGUAACUUGAAACGACAUUUAAAAAUUCAUAGUUGGAAAGAAUAUGACCAAACUCAAAUUGGUGAAAAUCCAUAAUUCUUCUGCUAUAAAUCCUUCGUAGGAUUGGGUACAAAGAAAAGACAUAUGUAAAAUCAUAUAGCAAUUGCAUUAUUCAUCAAAUAUAUCGUGACAAUUAUAUAUAACAUUUAAAUCAAUUGUUUGAAAUUCCUGUCAAUCUAAUUGAUGAUUUGCACAUUGUAUCUCUUAUGUUCGAAUUUUGCAUUUAAUUAUGAAACUAUAGUUUUAUUGCACACUAACACAAUAUAUUUCUGUAACGUUUAGACUUCCUCAAACAUACAUAGUACAACUUUUAACAAGAAUAGAAACUGCAUGCAUAUUUAUAUAAUGGUAUGGCAACAACAAUAUGAGUUUAAAGAGUCCCUAAAAUUCGUGAUUGUAUAAAUAAUUGACAGCAUUAAAUUUGAAAAUGAAAAUUAAUUUAAACAAUGCAUAAAAUAUUCCAAAAUGCCCUAAUUUCCUUAAUAUUUAUUUUUAAUAGUUCCUUCCUCCCAGGUGAAUGAAAUACGACUCUUUAGUUUUUCAAUUCCAAUUGCAUUUUCAGUGAAUGUCCAGGUUGUUUAAAGUGAGCACCGACGACCCGGUUUCUGUUUUUCGAUUUAAUACUUUCAAUAUGUUUCGAGAUCCGAUAUUUCAUAUGCCUUCCUGUUUCUCCAAUGUACGUGCUGCAUGUUACAUCUGGAAUUGCAUUCAUUUGAUUUUUGUAGUGACGUGAACAUUGUGGAGUAAUUUAUUUAUUUAUUCCCUUGAUUGACAGUGUGCACACUUUAUGACGAAAGUCUUGCCUGACAUGUCUUACUUAGUCAGGAAUAGUUUGGGAACUUUGCUUUUAAAUAGUUCUUAUACUUUUGUAUAGAAUGAGCGUGUUUCGUUGUAAAUAAUAUGAAAUUGGUUUA